UCUGCGAGAGAGGGGGAGCGUCUGAGUGGAUGCCUUUUAUCACCGCGUCAAUAGCCUUUCUGUUUUUCUCAGUUGAUUGUUUUCCGAAACUAGUCGGAAUUUUGAUUAUUCCCCUGCAGGCGUUGGGGAUGUACCGGCCGGAGACCGGUUUGAAGGAUGUUUCCCCCCUUUAAGCAUACAUGUUUGCAUUGAGAAAGAAGAAGAUCGAACCCUCCCGACCCGGAUUAUUGUUGUUAUAUUAUUACUCGGAGGAGCUGUUAGAGCUGUAGAACGGAGAGGGAGCUAGAGACACGGAUCCAACCCCGUUUGCAACCAUUUCUUUUUAUCAACACACCCUGAGCGUUUGGGAGAUGUGAAGAACAGUCGGAAGGCGAAGACAUUGAGCAACCUGUGCAUCGACACGACCCCCCCACCCCCAUCUUCAGCAUGAAUGGGGAUAUGCCUCAUGUUCCCAUCACUACUCUUGCUGGGAUCGCUAGCCUCACAGAUCUGUUAAACCAGCUGCCCCUGCCCUCCCCUCUCCCCGCCACCACCACUAAGAGCCUGCUGUACAAUGGGAGGGUCGCAGAGGAGGUCAACUGCCUGCUGGGCUGCCAGGACGAGAACCUGGUGUCCCAGCUGGUCCACAGCCUCAACCAGGUCUCCACCGAGCACAUAGAGUUGAAGGACAACCUGGGCAGUGAUGACCCAGAGGGAGACGUGCCCGUGCUGCUGCAGACCGUGCUGACCAGGAGCCCUAACAUCUUCAGGGAGAAAAGUAUUCUGCAGCAGUCAAUGAUGCCGCAGUACAAGAUGUCUCAGAACUCCAUGCACGGAAGCCCUGCGUCCACCAACUACCAGCAAACCACUAUCACGCACAGCCCUUCUAGUCGCUUUGCCUCUCCACAGUCGGGGUCGGGGGGGCGGUUUCUGCCCCAGCAGAACAGCCCUGUGCCCAGCCCCUACACCCCUCAAAGCCCUGCCAGCUACAUGCACUACCCCCACCCGCCCAGCUACUCUCAGCACCAACAGAUCCAGCAAGUCGCGAGUCCCAUGGUUCCGGGCAGCAUGAGGAACAUCCACGACGGCAAGGUCUCCGGGCAGAUGUCGAGCAACUCAGCGAAUCACAACGCCAGACAGGCCUCCAACGACGACUACAUGAACAUUGUCCAAAGACUUGGGAAUGAGGAGAGCGACCCUUCCAUGAGAAACGCCUCCUUCUCUCUCCGAUCACCUCAGUCUCAGUGUUCUCCUGCCGGGAGUGAAGGAACCCCCAAAGGGUCCCGGCCUCAGCUCAUCCUCCAGUCCCCUCCCCCGUACACGUCCCCCCGAGACGGAGCCCCCGACCUCCUCCUCGACUCCCCCGACCGCAAGAAGAAGCAGAAGAAGCUGAGCAAAGAGGAGAAGGAGCAGCUGGAUAAGGCCGCCCUGUAUGACAUCGUCAGCUCGCCCUCCAAAGACUCCACCAAGCUGACCCUCAAACUGUCCCGGGUCAAGUCCUCCGAGAUGGACCAAUCCGGAGAGCUCGUCCCCGGGGCGGAGCAGGGCUCAGAGCAGGACGCGGAGCUGGCGUACAACAGCCUGCCGUUUUCUCGGACGGGCCAGGAGCAGGCCCUCCGGCUGGGGCAGGGCCAGGGUCUGCCAGGGGAGCAGUCGGGGUACCAGCAGGUGCCCGUGCUGCAGAACACCAAGCAGGGGGUGCUGGUGGGUGGCAUGGUGUACGACGACGCCGAGAUGGACGCGCUCGCCGAGAUCGAGAGGAUAGAGCGCGAGUCGGCCAUCGAGAGGGAGCGCUGCUCCAAGGAGGUUCAGGACAAAGAUAAACCACUGAAGAAGAGGAAGCAGGACUCGUAUCCUCAGGAGCCCGGGGCCGGGGGCACGGCGGGGGCCACCGGGGGGCCCGGCGUAGGAGGGGGCAACGCCGGCGCCAAGCUUACACCCCAGGAGGGUAGCGCCGCCAGUAACGGUACCAGCCGGCCGGCCCUGAUGGUCAGCAUCGACCUGCAGCAGGCCGGCCGGGCAGACGGACAACCAGAGGUGGCCCUGGAGGCCCAGCGCUGGGCCGAGGACCGCCUGGCGCCCGGGGACGGCGCCCACGCCACCGGCGUGCUCCGCCUCCGUUCCAAGGCGGAAGGAGAGACGCCGAAGGCCGGCGACGGCCGUCCGGAGGUCAUCAAGCAGCGCGCCGCCGACACGCCCCGGAAGCUGGGCCCUGACGGGCGCCCGGAGACCCCCAAACACAAGCAUGACAACAAACGGGACUCGUCCAAGCACCGGCACGACGGCAAGCCGGACGGCGGUAAGGGGCGCGCCGACGGCCGGGCGCCCGAGACGCCACGGCAGAGACACGAGGGCCGGCCCGACUCCGGCCAGAGGGAUGAGCGGCACCGGGACGGCGACUCCUCCCGCGUGCGGCGGCCGGACACCCCCAAGUCCUCCAGCCGGGCGGAGCACGAGUCCAAACACGGGCGCGACAGGGACAGGGACCGGGACAGGAAACACCGGACCGAGCCUGGGGAGGCCCGCGACCGGCGGUCCCCCGAGCAGCGCUCCAGACCCGACAGCCCCAGGGUCAAACAGGAGGGGCGAGCGGGGGCGGACCCCAGCGCUCGCCAGAGAACAGAGCGGAAAGAGGAGAGGAGGGGCGGGGACGGCGGGCGGAGCCGGCAGGACGGGAACAAGCAGCAGCCGUCAUCCGAGCCCAAGGCUGGAGAGUUCCCCUCCUACCUGCUCGGGGGCCAGUCGGGGGCCUUAAAGAACUUUGUGAUCCCCAAGUUGAAGCGGGACAAGGACGGGAAUGUCCCGGGCGACGUGCGGCCCGCCGGGCCGGGCCAGGGGACCAUGGUGGGCUGGAGCGAGCCCCGGUUCAAGCAGGAGAAAGCCGGCCUGGUGGAGGACCUGAAGAAAGGAGCCAAGCCGGUGGUGGUGCUUCAGAAGCUCACCAUCGACGAGGUGCAGAAGAUCAUCAGGGAGAGGGAGGACGGGAACGUCCGCAGCUCCAAGUCCAGCAAGAACCGCUCCUCCUUCAGCAAGUCAGGGAAAGGCGGUCUGGAUGAGUCGGUUCUGCAGGACCUUCCCCCCCAGCUCCUGGCAGAGAUCCAGUCCACCAUGCCCCUGUGCGAAAGGGUCAAGAUGAACAAGCGCAAGCGCAGCACCGUCAACGACAAGCCCAAGUACGCCGAGGUCGACUCGGACGACGACAACGAAGCCGCAGACUGCGUGACAGAGUCCGCACGGAAGAAGCAGCGGCGUGAGCGGGACAAGGGUUGGGAGCACGAGGAGCGGGAGAGGAGGGGCUCUGGGGAGCACCGGAAGAGUGGGGGCCACCAGGAGGGCCGGCGGGGCUCGGGCUCACGUCACCGGGAACGCAGCCCCAACGAGUCUGAGGAGGAGGGCUCCCCACCGCCUAGCAUGAGCGACAUUGCCAGAAAGAUGAAGAAGAAGGAGAAGCAGAAGAAGAGGAAGGCCUACGAGCCCAAGCUGACGCCAGAGGAGCUCAUGGACUCGUCCACCUUCAAGAGAUUCUCAGCCAGCGUGGACAACGUUUUGGAGAAUUUGGAAGAUGUGGACUUCACAGACGACGACGAGAUCCCCCAGGAGCUGCUGCUGGGGAAACAACAGCUGUGUGAGCUGGCCAGCGAGUCGGCCAAGAUCAAGGCCAUGGGCAUCACUUACAGGGUUCCUUCAGAUAAGCUGGUCAAGGUGCUGAACAUCCUGGAAAAGAACAUUCAGGACGGCUCCAAGCUCUCCACGUUUAUGAACCACGACAAUGACGGCGAGGACGAGGAGCGUCUCUGGCGUGACCUCAUCAUGGAGCGUGUGACCAAGUCUGCGGACGCCUGCCUCACCGCCCUCAACAUCAUGACGUCGGUGCGGAUGCCCAAGGCCGUGUACAUCGAGGACGUGAUCGAGAGGGUGCUGCAGUACGCCAAGUACCACCUGCAGAACACGCUGUACCCCCAGUACGACCCUGUCUACAGGGUGGACCCCCAUGGAGGAGGGCUGCUGAGUUCCAAGGCCAAGAGAGCCAAGUGCUCCAGCCACAAGCAGCGGGUGAUCGUCAUGCUGUACAACAAGGUGUGCGACGUGGUCAGCAACAUCUCGGAGCUCCUGGAGAUUCAGCUGCUGACCGACACCACCAUCCUGCAGGUCUCCUCCAUGGGCAUCACCCCGUUCUUUGUGGAGGGGGUCAGUGAACUGCAGCUGUGCGCCAUCAAGCUGGUGACGGCGGUGUUCUCUCGCUAUGAGAAACACAGACAGCUGAUCCUGGAGGAGAUCUUCACCUCCCUGGCCAGGCUGCCCACCAGCAAGCGCAGCCUCAGGAACUUCAGGCUGAACAGCAGUGACAAGGACGGGGAGCCCAUGUUCAUCCAGAUGGUGACGGCCCUGGUGCUGCAGCUCAUCCAGUGUGUGGUGCACCUGCCCAGCGACAGGGACAGCCUGGAGGACGAGUACAGCAAGAAGGUGGAUCAGGACAUCCUCAUCACCAACUCCUACGAGACGGCUAUGAGGACGGCGCAGAACUUCCUGUCCGUCUUCCUCAAGAAGUGUGGCAGUAAGCAGGGAGAGGAGGACUACCGUCCGCUGUUUGAAAACUUCGUCCAGGACCUGCUGUCGACCGUCAACAAGCCGGAGUGGCCGGCUGCAGAGCUGCUGCUGAGCCUGCUGGGGCGUCUGUUGGUGCACCAGUUCAGUAACAAGCAGACGGAGAUGGCUCUGAGGGUGGCCUCGCUGGACUACCUGGGAACCGUGGCGGCCAGGCUCCGCAAGGACGCCGUCACCAGCACCAUGGACCAGCGCUCUAUCGACCGCAUACUCAAAGAGGCCCCUGGGAAUGACGAGACGCAGCAGCUUCAAAAGGCCCUGCUGGAUUACCUGAACGACAACGCAGAGACAGACCCCUCUCUGGUGUUCUCCAGGAAGUUCUACAUCGCCCAGUGGUUCCGCGACACCACCACGGAGACGGAGAAGGCCAUGAAGAGCCAGAACCAGCGCGACGACGACUCGUCCGAGGGCCAGCACCACGCCAAGGACCUGGAGACCACCGGAGAGAUCAUGCAGAAGGCGGAGGCGCGCAAGAAAUACCUCCGCAACAUCAUCAGGACCGCCCCCUCCCAGUUCAACACCCUGAGGAUGAACUCUGACACUGUGGACUACGAGGACUCCUGCCUCAUAGUCAGAUAUCUGGCCUCCAUGAGGCCGUUUGCGCAGAGCUUUGAUAUUUAUUUAACACAGAUCCUGAGAGUGCUGGGGGAGAGUGCCAUCGCGGUCCGCACCAAAGCCAUGAAGUGUCUGUCGGAGGUGGUGGCUGUGGACCCCAGCAUCCUGGCCCGGUCGGACAUGCAGCGCGGGGUGCACGGGCGGCUCAUGGAUAACUCCACCAGCGUGCGGGAGGCUGCCGUGGAGCUGCUGGGACGCUUCGUCCUCAGCCGACCCCAGCUGACGGAGCAGUACUACGACAUGCUCAUAGAGAGGAUCCUGGACACGGGCAUCAGUGUGAGGAAGCGUGUCAUCAAGAUCCUGCGGGACAUCUGUCUGGAGCAGCCCACCUUCAACAAGGUCACCGAGAUGUGUGUGAAGAUGAUCCGGAGGGUCAAUGAUGAAGAGGGCAUCAAGAAACUGGUCAACGAGACUUUCCAGAAGCUGUGGUUCACACCAACGCCCAAUCACGACAAGGAGGCCAUGACCAGGAAGAUCCUCAACAUCACAGACGUGGUGUCCGCAUGCAAAGAGACUGGCUACGACUGGUUUGAGCAGCUACUUCAGAACCUGCUGAGGUCGGAGGAGGACGCCUCGUACAAGCCGGCCAGGAAGGCCUGCGUCCAGCUGGUGGACAACCUGGUGGAGCACAUCCUGAAACACGAGGAGUCCCUCACAGAUGGGGUCAACUCAAACCGGCUAGUGGCCUGCAUCACCACCCUCUACCUGUUCAGUAAGAUCAGACCCCAGCUAAUGGUCAAACAUGCCAUGACCAUGCAGCCCUACCUCACCACCAAGUGCAACACCCAGAGUGACUUCAUGGUGAUCUGUAACGUGGCUAAGAUCCUGGAGCUGGUGGUUCCUCUCAUGGAGCACCCCAGCGAGACCUUCCUCACCACCAUAGAAGAAGACCUCAUGAAGCUCAUAAUCAAAUACGGCAUGACGGUUGUCCAGCACUGUGUGAGCUGUCUGGGAGCUGUGGUGAACAAGGUCACUCACAACCACAAGUUUGUGUGGGCUUGUUUCAACAGAUACUACGGCGCCCUGACCAAGCUGAAGACGCAGCACCAGGAGGACUCCAGCAACAUGGCCCUGGCCGCCAACAAGCCCGCGUUGCUGCGCUCGCUGUUCACCGUGGGGGCGCUCUGCAGACACUUUGACUUCGACCAGGAAGACUUCAAGGGGGCCAACAAGGUGGUCAUAAAGGACAAGGUUUUGGAGCUUCUGUUGUACUUCACCAAGCAUGAAGAUGAGGAGGUUCAGACCAAGGCUAUCAUCGGGCUGGGCUUCCAGUUCAUCAUGUACCCAGACCUCAUGUUCUUCCAGGAUGUAAAGACCCUGUACAACGGCAUCCUGUCUGACCCCGGCAGCUCAGUCAACCUGAAGAUCCAGGUGCUGAAGAACCUGCAGAACUACCUGCAGGAGGAAGACUCACGCAUGCAGGAGGCCGACCGCGAGUGGAAGAAGCUGUCCAAGAAGGAGGAUCUGAAGGAGAUGGGGGACAUCUCGUCAGGGAUGAGCAGCUCCAUCAUGCAGCUGUACCUGAAGCAGGUUCUGGAAGCUUUCUUCCACACCCAGUCCAACGUCAGACACUUUGCCCUCAGCGUCAUCGCCCUCACCCUCAACCAGGGCCUCAUCCACCCUGUGCAGUGCGUGCCCUACCUGAUCGCCAUGGGAACGGACCCGGAGCCCACCAUGAGGAACAAGUCGGACCAGCAGCUGGUGGAGAUCGACAAGAAGUACACAGGCUUCAUCCAUAUGAAGGCGGUGGCAGGGAUGAAGAUGGCCUACCAGGUCCAGCAGGCCAUCAUGGCGUCGCGGAGCGGGGUGAUCCGAGGCUUCAGGCAGGAUGAGACCACCUCGGCGCUCUGCUCUCACCUGUUCUCCAUGGUCCGGACCAACCGCCAGUACCGCCGAGCCUUCCUCAGCUCACUGCUCAGCCUGUUCGACGACAGCUCUAAGACGGAGGUGAACAUGCUGCUGUUUAUCGCAGACAACCUGGCCUGCUUCCCCUUCCAGAGUCAGGAGGAGCCCCUGUUCAUCAUGCACCACAUAGACAUCACCCUGUCUGUGUCGGGCAGCAACCUGCUGCAGUCCUUCAAAGAGUCCCUCCUCAAAGAGCCCAUCCGCCGGGAGAAAGAAAAGAAGAAGAAAAAGAAGAAGAAGAAGAAGGAGGAGCGCGAGAGGAAGUACGGCUCGGAGGACGAGCGUGGGGGCGGGGGCAGCUCCUCCAGCUCCUCCUCCAGCUCCUCGUCCUCCUCCUCUGAGGACGAGGCGGCGCGCAGGCCCAAGAAGGGACCCCGGGGCCAGCCCGGCUCCGACUCGGACCUGGAGGUGGAGGACGUGGACAAGGUGCUGCAGCGCCUGCCCGAGAACCCCGCCCCCCUGCUGGACUUUGCCAACGCCUCGCAGGGCAUCCUGCUGCUGCUGGUGCUCAAACAGCACCUGAAGAACCUGUACGGCUUCUCCGACAGUAAAAUCCAGAAGUACUCGCCGACGGAGUCUGCCAAGGUGUACGACAAGGCGGUGAACAGGAAGGCCAACGUGCACUUCAGCCCUCGGCAAACCCUGGACUUCCUGACCAGAGACCUGGCCAACGCCAACCUCACCUUCGACAUCAAGAGGAGGAUCGUCAAGCAGUACCUGGACUUCAAGUUACUGAUGGAGCACUUGGACCCAGACGAGGAAGACGAGGAGGGUGGGGAGGCGUCGGCCAACGCCAGAAACAAAGCCAUUUCUGCUCUGCUGGGAGGCCCCAGUCCCAAGAACCACCACGCCGUGCCCAUCGACACGGACGAUGACGAGAGCGACGGGGAGGAGAAGACCCCGGGGGCAUCCCGGCGGUCCAGGAAGGGAGGGGACUCGGCCGAGGCGUCCGGCCACAUGAAUGAGGUGGUGGGGGCCAUGGACGUCAUCGCCCUCUGCUGCCCCAAGUACAAGGACCGACCGCAGAUCGCCCGGGUCAUCCAGAAGGUCUCCACGGGCUACAGCGUGCACUGGAUGGCCGGCUCCUAUUCCGGGCCCUGGGCGGAGGCCAAGAAACGAGACGGACGCAAACUGGUGCCUUGGGUGGACACCAUCAAGGAGUCUGACAUUAUUUACAAGAAGAUCUCCUUGACAAGUGGCCACAAGCUCACCAACAGGGUGGUGCAGACGUUACGCUCUCUGUACGCGGCCAAGGAGGGAACCUCCAGCUAAUCACCUCCACCUGUUCACACACACACACCUUUGCAGCCAAACUCGACAUGGAUCCAAUAUUUUGUAAUGACAGAGGACUCAAACACAGAGGACAGCUGAUAUGGGAGAUGGAUGAGGACUGACUAGGGCAGAGCGAGUGUUGUGAUACGUUGAUCUGCGAGGAACUGUAAAUCGGAUGCCAGGACAUGUUUAAGUUAAACAGAUAAAACACACCAGAAGGAAAUGUUUUGAAAAACAUUGUGUGGGAGCUCCUUCGCUGUUGUGCAGCAUCUCGGUUGUUAGGUUUUUACUCCCACUGUAUAAUAGUUUAACUAAAAAAACAAAAAAACAAAACAACAUGUUUAUAUCUCUGACAAAAAGUUCUGUUUAAAAAAAAUAAUAAUAAACAAAGUGAAUGUUGGAAAUUUAGUUUGUGGUUGUCCUGAAUAAAGUGUUCUUGGAGUUUAACCUAGCAGCGGAUGAAUUUCUUUAGCUUUGCUCAGUUUCCAGGAAGCUUCUUUUAAAAAUAACCUUUUUUGUUUUACUCUCUUGGUUUGUUUUACCCAUGCUGUACAAUGGAGUCUCUUGGAAAUAAUUUAUUCUGUUGAAAGCAAAGCAUGCAGUAUAGGUGGCCGAUAUGCAGGGGACAGUUUUGUAAAUGUAGAUUUUGAUGUAACGGUCAUCUGAGAAAGAAAAGAGGUUCCCCAGCACUUCUGGCAGAAAAUAAAUACUGCAAUAAAUUUUUUUUACUUCUCUUUGUUA